UCAGAUUGGCAUGAAGGAGGAAGAGACACUCACAGAGAGUGAAAGAGAAAGAGAGAGCUUACGAGACCACGAGAGGAGCCUAAUGGGGGAAAAAUGAGAGAAAGACAAAAUCAAAUAUGAAGAGAUAAAUAAAUGAGAGUUAAAACUGGGAGGAGCCUAACAAGGAGAAAAAGAGCAGAGGUUGUGGCUACUGCAGGCAUGACUGAGAAGAAACUGAGAGAAACACAAUGAGAGAAAUAAAGAGAUGGAUUUGCUGUCACAAUCACACUCUGUUCUACAGCAGUUGAACAUGUUUGCUGUAUUCAAAAACUAGCAAAGCUUGCAGGCUGCAGUGGAGUGAGCUGUGUAUGCUUUCGUGUCUUACAGGUUUGUUGAAAUUGCUGUAAAAGCAUGGUGAUUUGACUUUCCCGGGUCACAGCAGUGAAACAUGAACAGCUCUCUGAAGCCGUUUCUCUAUAAUGAUGCAUAUUAUGUAAAAACACUGCUUGCAGCCACUAACAAUAACUCAAAAAGGAUUCAGAAUUUUAAAAAAGGCUGUGUGACGUGCCAAAAGCAUCGACGGAGACAAACUGGGCCCUGACCAAAGCAGGUUCUGACGGUGACCGUCUCAAUGGAGGAGAGGGAGCGGCAGUGUAACGGAGAGGACAGAGGUGAUGUUGAAUCCCCCACAGGACGGUCGGUCACAGCAGGAGAACCAGGCACAGCGUCCACAUGGAGGAACGGUGAGUGUGUGGCGUCUGUGUCCACAUCCACUUGGUUCACUCCCAGCUUUGACUUCACACACUGCAGGACUCUUCUGGAAACCAAGGGCUUCCAGAUUCCAGAAGAAGACUUUGAGGCUCCACUUCGUUUAGCGCUGGACCACCCGUCCAUCAGAAGAUACCUACUUUUCAACUCAAACAUUUUUAAUGUCAUCAUGUCACCACUCUUGUAUCUGGUGCUGUGGUGCACUGUGUACUCGACCAUUCACAUGUACCUCCAUAGCAGCGCCACAGACUUCUGGGUGCUGUGUCUGUGUGUCAGUCUGGUGUCUGUACUCCUCACCGCCGCCAUCAACCUCAUCUUCCACUACAGCAACAAAGAGAUCAACAUGAACACAGAUGUGCGGUUGGUGGGGGUGAAUGAGCACAUGGUCAGGCACAAGCUGCUGUUGGGAGUGGCUGACUGGGUCCAGAAAUGCAGAGGAAAUCUGCAGCUCUUCUGUGUGCACUGGGACUUGUCCCCAUGUCUCACAUCUCUGACUGAAGUGCUGCAGGACAGUUUUGUCAGGGAUCAAGUACAGAACAAACUCAAGAAAAGAAUGUCCCACCUAGUUCUAGUGACGGAGGUCACGACCCUUGACCCCGAGGCUGGAGAACAGGAGGAGGAGCUCCCAGAAGAAGAGCGGCCGCUGCUGGAGGGACGAGAGCGAAGCGCAUCCACUAGUCAACGGGACGACUCUAAACUCACCAAAAACUUCAGCUUGAUGCCUGACACCACUCUCUCACAUCAGGCGAUUGCUCAGCAGCUCCUGAUGACCUACAGUGCACUUUAUGUCAGACUGCUGGUAUCAAACAAGCUUCCUGUUCCUCCCCAGCGGCCUUCAGGUGCAGAGAAAAAUCAUUCCACUUCCUCUCUGUGUCUGUGUGAGUACGUGGAGCUAAAGCUUCUGCGGUAGACGUGACUAUCAAAUCUCACAUUCAAAGGUAUUAGUCAUCCAUUUCUUGGGGAUGAUUGUUUUGCUGUCCAUUAUGAUAUAGUCACAGACUGUUCUUGCUGCUCUUGAAACUGUUAUGAUUUUGUCAGUAUACUAAAUAUAUAUAGUUGACUUAUUGUGGUUUUCUGUUUGCACUAUAUGCUCACUAUGAGUGAAAGAAUGAAGUGACAGCUGAUUCUUUCCUCUUCCAUGUUAAGUUCUUGCAUUAAAUCAGACAAGCUGACAAGACAUCAGUCUGCCAAUCGAAACUCUCUGUUAUUAUUACUUAAAGGAGUAGAUCACCCAAAAAUGAAAGCAUGCUGAAAAUGUUAAUGUUGGAUCUAGAUGAGUUUGUUGCUUCGUCUGAACCGAUUUGGGGAAAUGUAACAUUAGAUCACUUGUUCACCAGUGGAUCCUGUAAUGCUGAAUUCUCCUGAAAGUGAGUGAAUUGUUCUCUUAAGGAAUACUUGAUUCUGAUUGGUCAAUCGCAGUAAGUUUGAGAUAUGUUAUCGCUUGAUAACCACCGGUAAAAGCUGAUAACACAGGCUCAUCCGGGUAACUGAAGUCAGCGCUGUACUCUUGCCAGGAACAGUUUUUUCUUGGUGGAAGAUUUGUGUUUGUUUAGCUAAUAAAAUAUUAAAACUUGAUUCCAAA